GACCAACUCGCCUUCAUAUAUAUCCACCCGUAGUCGGUGUAGACGACCUUAAGUUAACAGCUAAAUCUUAUGCUGACCAUCAAGCUCGUCGUUAUUGGGAACUCUGGUGUGGGGAAGACCAGUCUUCGAGGACAGUAUAUCUCUGGACGAUUUUCGACGGGGUAUAGGGCUACCAUUGGGGCUGAUUUUAUUACCAAGACGCUUCCUCACCCUACCAAUCCGAAGGAAACAGUGACACUCCAGAUCUGGGAUACAGCAGGACAAGAACGAUUUUCCUCGCUGUCAUCAGCAUUCUUUCGUGGCGCCGAUGCAGCUCUACUCAUGUACGACGUGAACCAACCCUCGAGUCUUCGCGCACUAGAUAAAUGGUGGGACGAAUUCUGCACGAAUGCACCUCUAGCGGAGGAGGACAUGGAGGAUUACUGCUGCGUCGUUGUCGGUAAUAAGAUGGACUUGGUCUCUCAGCAGGGCGAAGGCUCCUCUGGGCCAGCGGUUAGCGAAAGGGAGGCGUCAGAGAGUCCGACAAAUCGUCUGCGCCACAUACGCCACAUCACUCCGAACCCCCGCCUCAUCCCAUCACACACAUCUCUUUCGAUACCUCAGACUCAGACGACGUCAAUGCUUUGCCCAGUGGCCCUGCCUUUCCCGACACACCUGCCUCCGAAUCCAUCACCAUCACCCAUUCCCGCCAUCACCUUGCCAAACAACCAUCCAGGACACACAGCGCGCACUCGCAUCGCUCUGCAUUACCACCGGGAACCGUUGACACAAUAG